UUGUUUUGCAGUAGUAUAAAGCAUUUACAUAAAUUUUGUCACCACUUGUCAAGAUGACUUUAUUGUUUAAAACUAGUACGUAUAUAACAUUAUACAAGAACAUUAAAUAAAGAGAGACACGAUACACAGGUUUUAAAACAAAGGGAAAUAUUGUCGGGUAAACAAGAUAUAAUGCUUAUCUUUCAGAUAAAAUUCGAAAAGAGCUCUUUAACAAGGAAAUAAGACCUGCUGAGGAGACGGACUUAAGAUGAAACUACAACGAACAGUCCCUUUGAUACUGCUGUUAGUUGAAGUUAAUGAAAUCAUCUCAGCCCAUCUGGAGAAAACGAACACGUGCAAAGAAGUGGAAUUACACAACCGAAAAUCCCUAGACUGCAGCCAUCAGAACCUUUCAUAUAUCCCAAAUAUUAAAAGUGAUAUUCAAACUUUGGUAUUCAGUUAUAACAAUUUAACCAACGUAACAUCGAACACAUUUGGAAAUUUCAGCAACCCUGGUAAUCUAGUUGAACUUGAACUUGACCAUAAUAAUAUUCAAAACAUUUCUGCGAACUCUCUUGAUGCAUUCUCAAAUUUGAGAUUCUUAUACUUAUCUUACAACCCUAUACACUAUAACGAUUUAAAACACCUCCUUGGUGCUUUGUCUAACUUUAGGUAUCUUUCUCACUUAAGUAUAAGUGGAAUUAGAUCCAUAACCAUUCAGAACGACUUGUUUUCUUUGAUGAAAGAAAAUAGGAUAGAAACUCUAGAUGUUGCAUUUUACGACAUGGAAACUGUUUCAAUAGACACAUUUAGAAAUUUCAAUAGACUGGAAACUCUGUUUUUGAAUAGCAAUCAUAUACACAAAAUAAUCCUCUCUUACAACGACCAUUUGCACAAUUUAUACCUUGAUCACAAUAAUUUUAAAAUUAUUCCAGACUUUUACGCCGAAGGUGAUGAAUCUAACUGUCACAUUCCAAAUCUUGAGCUUUUGGCCAUCCGCAAAAAUGAAAUACAGAAAAUUGAAGCAAAAGAUCUCAAAUGUUUAUUCCAACUGAAAACGCUUGAACUUGGUGAAAACCCUAUUGAAAUAUUGCAAAACAACAUCCUGUUAAACCUACCAAAUUUAGAAACGUUAGAGCUAGUGUUUGCACCCUCUGGCAGUAUAAAAGUGGAACCGCUUGCUUUCAGAUCCACAUCACUGAACACUCUUAAACUCGAAUUGAAUAGUCCGGCCAAAGAUGUGUUUGAGUCUUUGAAUGACACUUUUAAGUAUUUACCAAAUCUGAGAAAUUUGAAGCUUGGUUUUAUAAGUAUGUUUCUGUUAAGUAAACAGCAAUUGUCAAGAUUAUUUUCACCACUUGUUAACAUCCGCUUUUUUCAAUGUUUUGCAUGUGAAAUUUCUCAGGAUCCUGAAGUAAUCUUGAAACAUAUGAAAAAUGUGGAAUCUGUCUAUCUUCAGUCAAAUCGAAUCCCUACGUUAAGUGAUAAAACAGUUGAGGAAAACACACACUUGAAGUAUCUCAAUUUAAAGAAUAAUGCGAUUGGACAUAUUUCAGAGUCGGCCCUUCCAAUUUUACUCUUAAACAAAUUGCAUUUAAUAGAUCUUAGUCAGAAUCCUUUUGUAUGUGACUGCGACCUUGAAUGGUUUAUCAACUGGAUGAAAACAAACAAAAAUAAGACUGUUAUUUCGGGUUAUCCGCAUAAUUAUACAUGCUCACUUCCUCAUGAAAAGUCGAAGUUAAGACUAUUGGAUAUAACUUUUACAUACAAAGAAUGCCACCCGUGGAGUCCAUGGAUCUGGGUUGCUGUAAUCGGCUCGCCUUGUGUCAUUGUUAUUGCUAUUGUCGUGGUCAUAGUUUACAGAAACAGAUGGAAUAUCAAACAUUACAUUUAUUUGGUUAGAAAAAGAAGGAACUAUCAAGUCAUUAAAGGUCAUAACUUGGUGUAUGAUGCUUUUGUUGGAUAUGACACAACAGAUUCGGCAUGGGUGCGUCGCAGACUGCUGCCUAUCCUUGAAGAUGAAGAGGGAUUGAAAUUAUGUAUUCACGAAAGAGACUUUGUUCCUGGCGUUUUUAUAAACGACAAUAUUGUCACCAAUAUGGACAGGAGUGCGAAAAUCAUUCUUGUCAUAACCAAUGCUUUUGCGCGUAGCGGAUGGUGCACGUUUGAAUUGAAAGUGGCACAUUCAAAACUGAUCGAAGAUGAAACAGAGCUUGUGUUCAUUCUCUUGGAGAAAAUAGACGGAAGAAAUAUGAACCAUUCUCUGAAAGUGUUAUUUGAUACGACAACAUACAUUGAAUGGACAGAGGAUAUUGUAGGCCAAGAAUUGUUCUAGGAAAAACUGAAAAAUGUUCUGAAGAAGUGAAUGCAUGCUAGAAUAUGCACUGAAUAUUCUUGUGCAAAGAUUAUUGAUCGCUAUUUGUUUAACAAAUUGUGGUUAUAAUUGUUAUAUUUGAUAUUAUUUGAAUGUGCUGUUGAGUGUGUAUAUAAGUUUGAUCUUAAAAGCUAGCUAAAGAUUAUAUGCCGCUUGUUAUGUAUAUCUAAUUAUCUAGUACUUCUCUAAGGAUUUUUUAUCAUUGCGUUGUUUAUACAAUAUUUAUUUCCAAAUAUGCAAUACAUACAAAUAUAUAUUAAAUGUUAAAGAAUUGAG